AUGAAAACAUCUAGUAAACAACACAAUAUAAUCGAGAUUAUAGGUGGUAAGAAGAAUUUUCCCAAAGAGAAAUCUCAGAGUAGUCAGUAUCUUGAAAAUAAUCUAAGCCCUGAAAAGAAAACUUCAAAGGUAAAACCUGGAAAAGAAAAGACUCUAUAGGAAUCGCGAGGAAGAGAUAAACUGUUGAUUAACAACGGAGGGACUGUUAUGAAUGGGAAUAAUCUGAUUCCAAACACACUGGUGUAGUAAUCGCAGUUGAAUUCAAAGUCGACCUCAGCCAGUUUGAAGUCCCACUCAGUAGUCAGAUAUUAGAGUUUUAAGGAGCGCGAUAUGGAAAUAAAGUCACUUAUCCAAACUUUACAGCACAAUAACAGUUCGAAUUUAUCUGCUGCUGGAAAUAAAAUUAGCCCUUAAUUGCAAGAUGGACAGCAGCAGGACCAAAGCUAAAUAUAAUAGGUCAACUCUAAGAACGUCAGCAUACAGAAGUAAAAAAGGAGAGUGGAAAAUUUACCCAGAACAGGAAUCGAAUAUCCUUUUACGAAAGAGCGCAGAGUUUUCCUAAAGACUCAUAAAGAAUUUGAAUUACUCAGUGAGUAUUAGGUGCCACCCUUACUUUUAGAUGAGUAUAUAAGAAAUGAUGGGGAAAGGGCAAGCGUGCCUCCUAAUAUGUACCCAUGCAUUUAUGAUUGUAUUGAAUAAUCUCCCUUCUAUGAUGCUGACGACUUUAACGACCAAUACUACGACGACAGAGAAUUGAUAGAAUUACCUGAACCAUAAGAUUAGAUUGAGGGAGUCAUUAAUGAACCCUAUCAGAAGAAAUAUCUCUUCAAUCCAAAUAAUUUGCCAUAUCAACUUGAAAGGGUGGGCAACUUUUACUCAGGAUCAGCGACUGACUCAAGAUUAUUUGAUAAGAAGGGAGUCCCUAAAAUAAAUAGAUACUACGAAAAAUUAAAACCUUAUUAUAAACUUAAAGACUCUAUUAAUGAUAGGACUUUGAUAUUUGAAAGUAGAUUUGAAAGUGGAAACUUAAAGAGAGUAACUAAAGUAGGUGAAUUUGAGUACGAUUUGCAAUUGAAAAACGAUUAUGGUACCCAGGGCUUUACCUAAUGGUACUAUUUCAAAGUAUAAAAUACAAGAAAGGAUGUAGCAUACAGGUUCAAUAUCAUAAAUCUUAUGAAGCCAGAAUCAACUUACUCAAUGGGAAUGAAGCCAUUAUUAUACUCUGUUAAAGAAGCAGAUAAGUCAGCUCUGGGUUGGUACAGAGAUGGAUUUAACAUCGCAUAUUAUCAAAAUGCAAGAAAGAAUGAUUUGGAUACUGUUUACUUUGCUCACUGUUACCCAUAUACUUAUUCAGAUUUAUGCGAUAUGAUAAGGAAAAUAUGCACUUACCAGAAUAAAGAUAAGAUUAGAAGAACUGUUCUUUGUAAGAGUUUAGCUGGAAAUGAUGUUGAAAUGUUAAUUGUUACUAACUUCGAUUCCUCUCCCGAAUAGAUAGCUACUAGAAAAGCUAUAAUUUUAACAUCAAGAGUUCACCCAGGAGAGACGAAUGCCUCCUAUGUUAUGGAUGGAGUAUUAGAGUACUUAGUGAGCGAUGAGGAUAAGGCAGCUUAUCUCAGAGACACCUACGUCUUUAAAAUCAUACCAAUGCUAAAUCCAGACGGAGUAAUAGUUGGUAACUAUAGAUGUUCCCUGAGUGGAUAGGAUUUGAAUAGACAAUGGAUUGCUCCCAGCUGUAAAAUGUUCCCAGUUAAUUAUCAUACCAAACUCAUGAUGCGAAAAACUUUAGAGAGCAGAGAAAUAUUUUUCUUCUGCGAUUUCCAUGGCCACUCAACCAAAAGAAAUAUAUUUAUGUAUGGCAACAACCAAGUCAAAGCCAUAGAUAAGCUCAAAGAGAGGGUGUUUCCUUAGAUCUUUUCGGAGAAUAAUGAGAAUUUCAGCUUUGACGAUUGCUGUUUUGAAGUCUAAAAGUCAAGAGAGAGCACAGCAAGAGUUGUUAUGUGGAGAGAAUUCAAUUUGUAUAAUAGCUUUACCUUAGAAUGCAGUUUUUGUGGUCCUUCGAAGGGAGUUUAUAAUGGAUGUCACUUUAAUACAACUAUAUUAGAUAUUAUGGGGACAGUCUUUUGUAAAACCCUGGCAGAUUAUACUGAGAGGGAGCAAGCUAAUCAGCUAUAAUGA